AUGAACUGGAGAUCUCGAAGUUGUGGUGGCAUGGGCCAACAUUUCUGCAAUUUGACGAAGAGCACUGGCCAAGUAGUAACUUCAUUCGCUCUGAUAACGAUCUUCCGGAGAAACGAGUAUCUUCUCUCGCAGUUGCCGUAUUUAGUUGUACCGUAUUUAGUCGUCGUCGACGAGUUGUUGGAUAGAUACUCCAGCUUGACCAAGGUGUAUCGCAUCGUAGCUUAUUGCCUUAGAUUUCGAAAGAUAUACCGUCCUACAACGCCGACAGUUUUCAUUUCUCACGAAGAAAUGUUCUUAGCUUCAAGAGUGAUUUGCAAGGUGGUCCAAAGACGCACAUUUCCUGAGGAAUAUAGGGAUUUAAGCAUGGGCAACCCUAUCAACACAGCUAGUAGAUUACUUUCUCUAUCGCCCUUCCUAGAUAAAAACGCGUUAAUAAGAGUGGGUGGCAGAUUAAAAAACUCGAAUUUGCAAUUCGAUGCUCGUCAUCCCGUUCUAUUACCACGUGAUCGCGAAUUAACUAAACACAUAAUAAAGUAUGAACACGUCCGUAAUAUGCACGCCGGAGCGCAAGCCACCAUGGCUGCCGUUAGACAGCGAUUCUGGCCGUUAUUGUUGCGCUCGACCACGCGAAAGAUCGUUCGAACUUGCGUAAUAUGUUUCAAGGUUAGACCGUCACAAUCAGAGGCCGUAAUGGGUUCGUUACCCUCUAGCCACGUUACCAUCUCUAGGCCAUUCUCGCAUUGCGGCGUUGAUUACGCCGGUCCCAUAAUAGUACGAGAGAGCAAGCGACGUAAUGCGCGUAAUCAUAAGGCAUACAUUGCGAUUUUUGUAUGCUUCGCUACGAAGGCGGUUCACAUCGAGCUAGUCAGCGACCUGACAUCGGAUGCCUUUCUUAGUGCAUUUCGUCGAUUUAUCUCACGAAGAGGCAAGCCUGCCUGCAUGUACUCGGAUAAUGGAACCACCUUCGUUGGUGCAUGCAGACAGCUUGAAGAAUUUCGAGAUUUCAUAAAUAGUGAGCAAGUGCAAAACGACGUCAAGCAGUUUCUCCGUGAGCAAGAGACUUCUUGGCAUUUCAUCCCACCAAACGCUCCGCAUUUUGGUGGUUUGUGGGAGGCUGCCGUCAAAUCAGCCAAACACCAUAUGUAUCGAAUUGUCGGUAAAGGUCAUUUAACAUUUGAGGAAAUGCAAACCGUGCUCUGCAAAAUAGAAGCGAUCUUGAAUUCACGACCUCUUACACAACUAAGCACCGACUCAAACGAUUUGUCUUACCUUACCCCUGGUCACUUUCUGAUUGGUACCACUAUGAAUAGUUUCCCUUCUCGAGAUUUGCAUGAUGUAAAUGAGAAUAGAUUAACGCGAUGGCAAAGAGUGGAACAAAUGCGGCAGCAUUUUUGGCGUAGGUGGAGUAAGGAGUAUCUCCAUUCCUUGCAAGAAAGAACUAAAUGGAAGGUCAGUAAGGGCGUGCAACUGAAGCCCGAACAACUCGUGCUCGUGAAACAACAGGGCUUAGCCCCAUUACAUUGGAUGUUAGGACGCGUUCAGGCGGUUCAUGUCGGUUCUGACGGCGCCGCACGAACCGCAGAUGUACGCACCGCGAAGGGUUUGCUGACGAGGCCUUUGUCUAAACUAGCGAUAUUGCCUUUGGAUGCGUGA